AAAAAAAAAAAAAAAAAAAAAAAGACGUCAUCCCCUUCGCCAAUCGGCAUUCCAGAUUCGGACUCUCUCGACCCGUGUUUGUUUCAGCGCCCAAAGUCCGUCGCUGGGAUCCACGGCCCUCUUUUGCCUGCCGCGAGCCUCUCUCUCACUCCCACUCUCACUCUCACUCACACACUCACACUCUGUCAGCGACUCGCCGGAGCACUUCCGGUUUCUAGUCAUCCUCGUCGACUUCCGAGGUCCCGACUCAGUGAAAACCAGCCCGUCUCGCGAUUUUUGUUUCCCAUUUUCUCUAGUAGUUGGCCACGUUGCAUUCUGCCCACGGGAAAACCUUCACACUUCGCCCUCUCAUCACACGUAUUCACUAUGAGUAGACUGGGCUCAUGGUUCCGCUCGGCGGGCAAGGUAAGCAGCAAUGCGAGCCCGGCCGCGUCGUCGGUCAACCUCUCCUCCAAGGAGCUCUCCGCCAAGGAAAUGGCCGAUAUCGAAGAGGCCAUGGUAGCCGCCGCCUUCAUCAUGAACGACGACAUUGACGGCGCCGAGGAGCGUCUGCGCAAGGGCGACUCGGCCUUUCACCAGCUGGGCCUGGCCAUGACGACGUUCCUCCGCUCCGUGCUCGGCUUCGAAAAGGAGGUCAUGAACGAGGCCUCAAAACGGCUGGCCGACACGGAGGCCAAGGCCUGGGCGGAUUACAAAAAGGCCGAACGGGACGCCACCAGCAGUAGGAUCUACGCGCCGGGUACCGAGUUCUUGCUCAUCCACGCCGAGUCGCAGCUCAUGGCGGCCGUCGUCGCCGUGUUGCACGAGAGUCUGACGGAGGCUCUGAAGGGGUUCUAUAAGCUCCGCAAGGCGUUUGUCACCCUCGACAGCAUCAUGAUGCAGGAGGCCAAAGCGCUGGAGAAGGACAAGAACAAGGCUGAUCCGCCGCCGUUGCGGCAACGGAUGAGCGAGGAGAAGAUGCCCGGCAGCUUCGACGACGAAGAGUUUGCCGACCUAGAACGCAAGUCGGACAGCGAUGUCGAAUUCGUAGACGCCGACGAGGUGCCCAAAUCGGGAGCGGCUACACCAGCGGAGAAGAAGGUGAACGGCUCAGCGACGGAGGCAGCACCACCACCAGCACAGGAUCUGGCCGCUCUCAGCCUCGACUCCGGCACAUCAACACCCUCGGGCGACGCCAAGCUCGCCCCUCUGCAGGUCUCCUCGCAAAUGGCCGACGACUCGGACACGGACUCUGGCGUCUUCUCGAACCCCGUCGACGCCUUCAUCCACAGCGGCGCAAACAUGUGCUUCGGCAUGCUCCUCUUCAUGCUCAGCAUGGUCCCGCCCGCCUUCUCCCGCCUACUGUACGUCGUCGGCUUCCGAGGCGACCGCGAGCGCGGCGUGCGCAUGCUCUGGAAGAGCACGCAGUUUGACAACCUCAACGGCGCCGUAUCCGGCCUGAUCCUGCUGGGCUACUACAACGGACUCCUGGGCCAGGCGGACAUCACGCCCGCGGAACGGGACUUUGACGCAAACGCCGAGAUGGUGGGGUACCCCGCGCAGAAAUGCGAGGCCCUCCUCGCUUCCAUGCGGACGCGGUACCCAGACUCCCGCCUCUGGCGCGUGGAGGAAUCCCGCGUCCUGGCGCAGCAGCGCCGCCUCGCGGACGCCAUCCAGCUCCUGACGACGGGCCAGGAGUCCAAGAUGCGCCAGGUCACGGCCCUCAACGCCUUUGAGCUCGCGCUGGCGGCCAUGUCGCACCAGGACUGGGAGCUGAUGCAGAAGACGUUCCUCCGCUGCCUCGAGCUCAACGACUGGAGCCACACGCUGUACUACUACAUGGCCGGGUGCGCCGAGCUGGAGCUGUACCGCGACGCCUUCCACGCCGAGACGAAGGACGAGGACGAGAUGCGCCGGCGCAAGAAGAAGGCCGAGGAGCUGUUCCGCAAGGCGCCGACGACGGCUGGCCGGAAAAAGUUUAUGGCGCGCCAGCUGCCGUUUGAUACCUUUAUCACGCGCAAGAUUCAAAAGUGGGAGGAGCGCGCAAAGGAGUUCAAGGUCGAUUUGGCGGACGCCGUCUGCGCCAGCCCCGCGCAGGAGAUGGUGAGCUUGUGGAAUGGCACGAAGAGGAUGAAUGAUGAGGAGCUGCACAUGUCGAUCAAGAGUCUGGGAUGGGAGCGAUGCACUCUGCCGGCCGAGGCCCUGGAGAAGGUCAAGAAGACGCCCGAUGAGGCUUCCAUCCGGUCGAUCUGCCUGGCGGCUAUUUACAGGACCCUGGGACGCUUCGAGGACGCGAGGACAAUUCUGCAGACGGAAGUCCUCAGCGCAGACAGAGCGUCAUUCAAGGGCCCUACAAAGGACGAGUACCCCUUACCGACAGCACACUACGAGAUGGCCGCCGUGGCCUGGUUCGAGUGCUGCCAGCCCGAGAAGCGCCAGGCUGCGGCAGACGAGCCCGCGUACGCCGAGGGCCAGGCCAAGGCCGUCGCGGACUACCGCAAGAAGAAGAUGGACGAGUGCCAGGAGUGGCUCGACAAGGUUGUCGCGUGGGAGGCGUUUGUGUUUGACGCCAGGUUGGGCAUGCGCGUGCAGGCGGCGCUGGAGACGCUCAAGUGGUUCAAGAAGAAGAACAGCUGGGCAUAAAGCAUGAAGAUAUAUUGUCGUUGAUUCACUGGACUUUUCC